UUCCCCCCUUUUUUCUCUACAGUGUUACCGUUCUCUCGUCUCAGUCCUCUUCUUAUUUCAAUUUCAGAACCCUAACUAAACCCUAAUUUCCUGUUUUCCCCCCAAAUUCACUCUCGCCGGAGUGCCAUGGACACUCUCCAAGCCGCUUACAAAGAGGAAGACGACGAAGAAGAUGAACCUUUAAACCAUCUUUCUUCUCCCACUACCGAAGCCGCGGUCUCCGUCGAGCCUGCGGAACCUUCGGACGCCGGGCCACUCGACCCUCCGCCAUCCGAACACCAAAAUGGCGUCAAGACCGACGCGGAAGCCUCCGACGAUCUAUCCGAGUCUGUUAAGUCCCAAGACAAUGAGGACGAGGACGAUGAAGAUCCACCUCCGAAGAAGCAGAAACAUCUCUCAGCUCUGACUGAGCAACCCUCGGAUCAGGACCAAACUCCAUUAUCUCGUCAAAUUGCGAGUAACGAUGGCCCUAUUAGUGCGGCGACUACGGCUCCGGUUACUUCCACGAAUUCGAAGAAAUCGAAGAAGAAGAAUAAUAAUGUGUGGGUUACUAAAUCGACCCGGAAAGGGAAAAAGAAGAGUAAAGCUAACAACCAUAAUGCCCCUGUGGAGGACACUGUAUUGAUCACUCCCGUGCCAAGAUUUCCUGAUAAAAGCGACGAUUCCCCAGAUAUGCAAAUAUGCUUGUCGAAGGUUUACAAGGCUGAGAAAGUGGAAUUGAGCGAGGACCGCUUGAGUGCGGGGAGUACUAAGGGGUAUAGAAUGGUGAGAGCGACAAGAGGAGUUGUGGAAGGAGCAUGGUACUUUGAGAUAAAGGUAAUGAAGUUGGGGGAGACGGGGCAUACGCGGCUCGGCUGGUCGACGGAGAAAGGCGACCUUCAAGCGCCUGUUGGGUACGAUGGGAACAGUUUUGGGUAUAGGGAUAUUGAUGGAAGUAAAGUUCACAAGGCUUUGAGGGAAAAAUAUGGAGAAGAAGGAUACAGGGAAGGUGAUGUUAUUGGGUUUUAUAUUAGCUUACCAGAUGGAGGGAACUGUGCCCCACAGCAGCCGCAUAUGGUUUGGUACAAGGGUCAGCGUUAUUUAUAUGCAGCAGACUCAAAGGAGGAUCCUCCGAAAGUAGUAUCUGAGAGUGAGAUAUCAUUUUUCAAGAAUGGGGUAUGCCAAGGGGUUGCUUUUAAGGAUUUACAUGGUGGUCGCUACUACCCUGCUGCUUCAAUGUAUACUCUUCCUGAUCAACCAAAUUGUGUGGUUAAGUUCAACUUUGGCCCUGAAUUUGAAUGUUUUCCCGAGGACUUUGAGGGACGUCCACUGCCUAAGCCCAUGGUUGAAGUUCCAUAUCAUGGAUUUGACAACCGAACUGAAAAUGGAGCAUCUGAGGAGAAGAAACCUUAGCCAAAAUGCUGCACCAUUCAACCUUAUUAUUACGUGCUCUUUAUCAGAGUUUUCAUUCCUCCAUUUAUUGCGGAUUGAAGUUAACUUAUAGACAUAUGGAUUAGCACUCUAAUCAAGAGGAGAGAAAUACUCCAUGUGAAAUAGGAAACUGUUAAUGAGCCUCAUUAUAUUCUGAUUAUUUUAAACAUCAGUAUUUUUUAGUUUUUUGUGCACUUGCGUCUUUCUAUUUUAAGUUGUUUAGUUUUUUUAUCAAUUUAGUCUUAUAGAAUUAGUCAUGUUACGAACAAUCAUUUUUGACCACGCUGUAUACAUACCAUUUGCUCAAGAGCUCUCUACUGACAUUAAUAUUAAAGCUAACUGUUUCAGUCA